GUGAUAUCAAGAUAUAGAUAUUAUAUUACACAUAUGUACGUCUUCUCUACUUGCAUAUACAAAGUGACCAUUCAAACCCAUCGUAAAAUUUAUUCACCAUUACUCCAAGUCCAAGUGUCAUUCGAAACCCUCACAUUUUGAAUUUGAAAAAAAAACCAAAAAUUGAUUAAUUAAUUAAAUAAUCAAUUAAAAUGUAAUUUUGAUAAGACUCGAAAUAAAUAAUUAGAAUGAUGUAAUCAGUCGAUCAGGCAAAAUGUAUCGAUUAAGUCGCGGGUUUGGCUAAUUAUCAAGUGAUCUACCUUAGGCAUAAGAUAUUUACUGAUCCCUACGGCUACGGCGUUGACAAUUAAAAUGACGAGUGAUAGUGUGAGUAGAAUAGUAACUUGAAUUCAGUUUGACCACUGGUCUAAUGUGGUCAGUUAUUGGUCUAGUGCUUUACGAACAGAAAGAAUAUAUUUUGUGUGACAAUGGAGGAAAAACUUGACGUUUUGACAGACUCGUGGGCUCGUGCAAAGUUUCAUAUAUUUAUUUAUUAAUUAAUCCGAUAAAAAUAAAACCUUUUAAUAAUUAUUUUUAUUAGUGGGCUGUGAUUUUGACAGAUUGUGAUUUGUCAGUCAGUUGGAUGUUGAGUUAUUAAAUUUUUAUAUUAAAUUAAAAAUUUAAAUUUUAAAUUAUAAUAUAUAAAUAUAUAUAGAUAUAUAUUUACUCUAGUGCGUUUUAAGUCAAAACGUCAAGCUGGAGAUCCUCGAAAUGUUUCCGCCGCGCACCGAGGCGCCGACCGCUGACAAACUCGCGCUUUGUUACGCUCCACAUGUGGAUAUGACCACUGUCAUGGAGGUCGAGGAUCGUUUGACGAGUCACGGAGGAAUAUCGUCGCUCGGUGGUGGCAAUUCGUCACCUUAUUCGGGUGCACAUCAUCAUGGUCAUCGGGGCAAUGGGAAUAACGGUGGCGGGAUGCCGCAUCACGGUGGUGCAUCCUUACCAACUUCGGACUUCCAACCUCCUUAUUUCCCGCCGCCCCAUUUCCCGACACAUCACCACGCACCGUCCAGCCCUCAGCAUGGUUUGGGACAACCGCAACAUCUUGAUUACCUUGUUGGUGACCCUUACACACAGACUCUCAAUACCCUGCAUCAGCAUCAUUAUAAUCAUCUCAGUGCAGCGGUUACUGCGGGACAGAGAAGUGGCGAUCUCAGAAGAGAUGCGGAAAGUAUACACGUGACAAAUAUGCACGCGUCCUUUCCAUACGACGGCAGCAGAGGCAGCGCGGGUGCAGGUGUCACAGGUGGAAGAGGAGUCGAAUACGGAGUCCGACGUCCCGACGCACUUCUUCCACCCCACGGACUUGAUCAGACAGAUCUCGUCCUCAACUCGAGUCUCGUUGACGACCCCCAGGUGAGCGACGAUAACACUAACGUCGAUGACGGAGGAUUCAUGAAUGAUUUACCUCUUCUGAAAAAUAUAAAACAAUCAGACAGAGGUGAAAAAGCAAUGCUAUCAGGCAAUGCCCAGCCAGUGGAUGUAUUCUGCUCAGUACCAGGAAGACUAUCAUUACUAAGCAGCACAAGCAAAUAUAAGGUCACGGUCGCCGAGGUUCAAAGACGACUCUCACCACCCGAGUGUCUAAACGCGAGUCUCCUAGGCGGUGUUCUAAGAAGAGCUAAAUCGAAAAAUGGAGGCCGAUUACUGAGGGAAAAGCUGGAAAAAAUUGGACUCAAUUUACCUGCUGGCAGGAGGAAGGCUGCUAAUGUUACUCUACUUACGUCACUGGUUGAAGGUGAGGCUAUUCACCUUGCCAGAGACUUUGGAUACGUGUGCGAGACGGAGUUCCCGGCAAAGCAAGUUGCCGAAUACCUCAGUCGGCAGCACUGCGAACCGCAGGACUCGUACAGGAGAAAAGAGCUACUUCAUGCCACCAAACAAAUCACCAAAGAGCUGAUGGAUCUGCUGAAUCAAGACAGAUCGCCGCUUUGUAAUACACGACCUGCACAUAUUUUGGACCCGAGUAUACAAAGACAUUUGACUAAUUUCUCAUUAAUAUCACAUGGUUUUGGUAGUCCUGCUAUUGUCGCUGCAUUGACAGCAAUACAGAAAUUUUUAUCGGAAUCACUGACGCACUUAGAAAAAAUGUAUCCCGGGAACGGAAGCGGUGUUACGAGCAGUCAGCAAUCGUCUCUGGACAACAAAAACAAGGAUGGAUCCUUGAUGAACGACAUGAAAAAGUGACGCCCGGAAGACCCGCCUACCUCAAAUGUGGUCACGUCAAUCAGCCACUCUUGGCCCUACAAUUAAUCUAUAAAAACCGUACGCUAGUCUAAGACUAGUUCUCAGUGGACCACUAAUUGUAUAUUUUUUAAAAUCAGAGGUUGGCUGGUCGAGGUAACACCAAUCUUGUAAAAAAAAACAAUUCGAUUUUAAAAUCUAAUCUUAUGGAAAAUUAUAUAUUAUAUAUUUACGGCGCGAAAGCGUUUUUUAAAUUCUAAUGAGCUACGCACUGUAUAUUUUUACUUUUAUUGUAUAUAUUAUUAAUUAUUAAUUAUUAUUAUUAUUAUGUAAUUCUUCGAUACCGCUUCCAAUUUUAAGUAUAAACACAAACUUCAAUACGUUCCUGAUAUUUGCAUUUAAAAAAUUGAUUUUGAAAUCCUUUCAAAACUAAUUCCUUUAGUUUAAAAACUAGAGCUUAAGGUUCAUUAAUUUAAUUUUUAUUAAAGCCGUCAGAGGCUAAUUACUUACAAUUUGCCUGCAAUGCUCAGAUCAUUUAUUUAAAAAUUCAAUGCAAUAAAAAAAAUAAUUAAAAUUACUUAAAAUUUUUAAUUAAUAGAAAAAAUGCGAAUUCACCGUAAGAUUUAAUGUAAAAUAAAAUUGAGGGAAAAAUGGGUCAGUUGUAUUUUUUAAAACUUAUGGAAGAUAGAAAAAAUUUUGGAAUUUUGGAUUUUUUAAUUUUUUUCCAAUGGCCCAUUUUGCCCAUCAAAAAUUUUAUUUAAAAACUGGGUCUUGUUUAUAUAAAAUAAUUUUUUUUUCUAAGAUAGAGAGAUGGAAAAAUUACGAAAUUUUAUUGAGACCCAUUUUACCUCGUUUUCAGUUAAUUGUUAAAAAUUGAUUAAAAUCCAGAGAAUUGUUGUGCCAAUGCAGAAAAAACUUGCCAUUAAUUAUGUGCCAAUCGUAGCAGGAAAAUGAAAAUAAACCCGGAAAAUAAUUAAUUUUUUUGGCGGUAAAUUUGAAAUUAAAGGAACGAUAAUUCACAUAACGAUGUGCGUUUUAAAUAAACAUUGAUAAUUAAUUACCUGAGCGGAGUGUUGAUUAAUAUAAAUUGCACAUUGUAAUGUUAUCAAGUACAAGAUCGGGUAAACCUGAGACAUAUCUAACUUUGUAACUAAUUACUAGAUAUUAUAAAAAAAAAGUAUAAAUAAAUAAAUAAAAAAUAUAUUAAUUAA